CUGGUUCUUCCAUACGAAACCGACAGAAAAAGCUGCGGAAUGGAACCCGAAGUGCUGCGGAAUGAGCCGGACGUGCUGCCGGUCUUCUACUACAAUGAUGCGCUGCUAUCGAACAUUGGUGAUACCAUUGGGCUCAACUUGUUUGAGCCGCGGUACCUCCUCAUGUGCCAGCGUCUACCGAUGGACCCACGCUUCCUCUUCAUGCCCAAUUACCAGGACUACCGGUGCCGCCCGGGCGAUGUCGGCUUUGUCGUUCAGAUCACGGGACUUUGGCCGCAGGCGCGUGGGAGCACCUUUGGAGUGCAAGGCUCUGCUGUCUCCCUGGCGGCCGUCUCUUGCACGUGGGUGGAGCCAAACACUCAUGGGCUGCACUAUGCCCAGUACCUGAAACUGGAUGCCAAGAAGGCGUCUCUCCUGCACACGGAGUCUGAGGCACUGGUGGAGGCCAUGCUGGAGAGUGGAUGGGACUAUGCUCCGGAGAAGGUCUGCGAGCGGCACCUGCGGCGCGCAGAGGUGGGGGCUGAUGUGUUUUUCAGCUCCAACUGGCCGGACCGGACCUACGUCAUGGCCUUUCUUGGUGGCCCAGACGCUGAGAGGGAGCUCAUGGACUGCUGGUCUGCGGCGCUCCCCGCGUUGGUGCAGCCGCGCUUCACGGGGCUCAGCUUUCGAGACCAGGCCGUGCAUCGCUUCAGCGCAUUGGACCAGGGCGUGCGCCUGGAUGAGGUGAUGGAGGAGUUGCGGCAGGCGAUCGUCGCGGACCCGGAGGCCAUGGAGCAGUUGAAAGGAAAGGAAAGUGCUGCGGAUCCCUUGGGUCUUCCGAAGAACCUGUGGCCUCGUUGGUUGGGCGACCUCCGACUGGCGCGGCUCUUCCGAAUGCCUGUGAACUUCCAGAAAAGGGUGAACUUGGAGCCUGAACUGGUGAAGUUCGGUUACCGUGAACAGUGGGCGGGUGAGGGUCGUCCGAAGACGUCCGUUGGGGUCUUGGUGACCAAUGAGUCCAACGUUGAACUUUGGACGCGGACUCAGGACCUCGAAGUGACAACGGAGUCCGCCCAGUUUGCCAGUGCAAAGCUUGUCUGGAAGCUGAACAGGAGAGGGUGCUGGCACAGCUUGGGGCCGUCGCCAGACCCGAAGAAGGUCAGCAAGCAGAGGAAUUAGGAUGAUGUCUCGCGCUUGGUGUGCAGUUUCGUGGCCACUGCAGUGGUUGAGGGCCUACAAAAGGCCUGAGUGAUUGCUGAGCAGCGUUUCCGAGCAACACCGAAAACAG